AGGCGCACAGGGCGCAGCAGCGGGCGCGUCUUGGUGCCAUGGGCGAGCCGGGUCCCGGCGCGGAGGCGCCUCCGCCGUGGCGCCGCGGGUCUCUGGCGCUGCUCACCGACCUGUACCAGUUCACCAUGGCGUACGGCUACUGGCGGAGCGGGCGGCACCGCGAGGCGGCCGCCUUCGAGCUCUUCUUCCGCCGCUGCCCCUUCCAGGGCUCCUUCGCGCUCAGCGCCGGCCUGGCCGAGUGCCUCGCCUUCCUGCGCGCCUUCCGAUUCUCCCCGGCAGACAUCGAGUAUCUCGAAUCCGUCCUUCCCGCUACCACAGAGAAAGCUUUCUUCGAUUACCUGCGCACGGUGGAUGCGUCCGAAGUUUCCGUCUCCUCCGCUCCAGAGGGAUCCGUUGUUUUCUCCAGGGUGCCGGUGCUGCAGGUGAAGGGUCCUUUGCUGGUGAUACAGAUUCUGGAGACCACCCUGCUGUGUUUAGUCAACUACGCCAGCCUCGUCGCUACGAAUGCUGCCCGAUUCCGGCUCAUAGCAGGCCCGGACAAGAAACUCAUGGAGAUGGGGCUGCGCCGUGCGCAGGGACCGGACGGGGGCCUCUCUGCAUCCAAGUAUUCGUACGUGGGGGGGUUCGAUUUUACCAGCAACGUCCUGGCCGGGAAGCUCUAUGGGAUUCCGCUGCGGGGAACUGUAGCUCAUUCUUUCAUCUUGUCCUUCACCUCGCUGGCUGAGGUGAACCCGCGGACUCUGGUCCCACGACAGGGAAAGGAGCCUGUGGAUUUUCUGUCCUUAGUGGAGACAUGGCUGAGCCGGGUUUGCCAGCUGCUCCAAGCCCCGCUGGAGACAGUGAACCGUGGGGAGCUGGCUGCCUUCGUCUCCUACGCCAUCACCUUCCCACAAAACUUCCAGGGUCUUCUGGACACCUUCUGCGUGAUGAAGAGCGGCAUCCCGAACUUCUGUGCCGUCGCCCUGGCGCUGAACGAGCUGGGGUACCGAGCCACUGGCGUCCGCCUGGACAGCGGGGACCUGGCCAAGCAGUCGGUGGAGAUACGGCGAGUGUUUCGGACCUGCAGCAAGCACUUUCAGGUCCCCUGGUUCGAGGCAGUCCCCAUUGCCGUGAGCAACGAUGUGAGCGAAGAGAACCUUCGGGAGCUCUCUCAGGAGGGGAACGAAAUAGACAUGAUUGGCGUGGGCACUCACCUGGUGACGUGCCCUCUUCAGCCGUCCCUGGGUUGCGUCUACAAGCUGGUGGAGGUGAACGGCUCCCCGAAACUGAAGGUGACUGAAGACAAAGAGAAGACAACCUUACCUGAGCAAGCAGUCUACAGGCUCUGGGAUGCUGCAGGCUUCCCAUGCAUGGAUCUCAUGACUUUGGAAAAGGAACCUCCUCCAAGGGCCGGGCAGGAGGUGGACUUUUGGCUGGUGGGAACGAGCCAGGAAGCUGGAAAAGUCACUCCUUCAGCAGUCGAAAUGCUGAACCGCGUCUACCUCAAAGAUGGGCAGGUCUGCCAGCCGCUCCCCAGCCUUGUGGAGAUCAAGGACCAUGCCCAGGCCUCGCUGAACAAGCUCAACCCUGCGCACAGAGACUGAAGGACGCAGAGACCUACAAGGUGGCUGUGACAGAAAAGCUCCAUCGGCUUCUCCUCAAUCUCCAGAGAGGCAACCAGUGACCCACAAAUCCUUUUCCCAUGCCCAGGAGUGGGGGGGGGGCAGACCCCCUCUGCGUCGUGCCUUGGAUCCUGCUCCCAGCCCCCACCAUCGCCUCAGCACCUACAGAUGCAGCGCCUUAAGAACGGAAAG